UCAUCUAUGAACAGCCUCACCAACAUCCGUCUCAUCCUGAUUAAGAUCGAUGUCUUCUUGGCUUUUAAAGAGAAAGCGAUGCAGAUGUAUUCCUCAGCUGUCAUCAACAGAGUACUUCCAGUACUUCCAGUACUUCCAGUUCAAGUACAACAACAACAGCCUCCUCUUUCUGUGAGUGCAUACCUCAGCAGUCUCCAAAUCAGCUCUACAAUUCAGCAGUCUGUCUUCACGUUCCUGGGUCUUUCCAAAAAAGACGUUGAUGAUGCCAUGGAAAAGCUGAAGCAUCAAUAUCACACACAGUGCUCCAGUAAAACCUUCUUAAAGGAGGAACUGGAACCCCUCGACCAGGAUGACAUGAUGGAGCUGAAGGAGCUGGUGGAGUCUGAGGGUUUAUUCAUGCAAACUGAUCAGUCUGGCUCUCUAACAGUGAGCGGGCUAAAAGACGGGGUCACCCGAGUGAUGCAGAAAAUGAAUCGGUGUCAGUUAAUGGGUCUUGCUAAUGAGGUGAGAGUCAGGGAGGAGGAGGAAUUGUACCAUCGAGUUGUUUGGUGCAUCCUGGCACAUAACGGUAACUGGGAAAGACUUCCCAGAACAGCCAAUCACCAACUGGAAAACAACGAAUUAACAGAAGGAAUAAAAGACGCACAGGGACUCACAUGGGAGGUUAAUCUACAGACAAUGAUGGCCACACAGCAACUGAGCAGACAGGCGAUGAAGCUAAAGCGACUUGAGAAUCUGAGAGACUUUACUUACCCUCUGUACUGGGACAGCAUGGCUGCUAAUGAGAGCUUGAAGGUCGUUACACUGGAGCCUUCCUCUGCAGAGUACCGGGCAGUGAAGGAGGCCUUCAAACGAACUGUUGCCAAAACUGUGAUGAAG